AUGUCCAGUGCUGCCACGAUCCAAGCACGGCAGGAACCUGCGCAAGCUCCCAUGGCUCGAGUCCGCAGCGCCCCCAGGAGGCAGAUGCGUCCCGACUCCCUGGUGAUCUACCGCCAGAAAUGUGAGUUUGUGCGAGGUCAGAGCCAGGACAGCCCGCGAGGGAGCCUGGUGCGGAGGUUCUUCCAAGGGCCCCCUAAGGAGAAGCAGUUCGCCUCCGACGAGGCUCCUGGGGCGAUCAUGGAGGUGGCCAGCAGCGAGGAGAGCCGGGCACCCAUCCCUGCGGGCUGCGAUGACCACCAGCCCAGUGGCCCUGCCACGGAGCGAACUGUCCCCGCGAGCACUGCCAGUGCCCCGGGCGGGCGCCCACUGGCACGCCGGAGGCCCUCGCGGCUGCCCCCCACUCCCGAGGAGGGGACGCGGAGAGGCCUCCAUCGCUCCCAGUCGGACAUCAGCUCCCGCUACUCCAAGUCCUUCUCUGAGUUUGACCCCUUUUUCACAUACUGUGGCCUGGACCCAGAGGUCAUUGAGGACCUCGGCAGGGAGAACUUCUCGGCGGCUUCCGACGGCGUCUCCUUCAAGGUCCGCAGCAUCAGCGUGGCAACGUCCGAGAGCGACUUCACCCGGCACAGUGGGGACGAGGGGCUGCUGGAGGAUGAGCUCACGGAGCAGGUCCCCAGCAGCACCUCCAUCAUCGAGCGCAACGCCCGCAUCAUCAAGUGGCUGUACACCUGCAAGAAAGCCAAGGAGGCCAACGCGGCGCUCCGGGAGCUGGCGUGA